AUGUCUCCAGGCCAGCUGUGUCAGCUCAGCAGCUUUAGGGCUCUUAAAGAUUAUCUAGUUCCAAACCCCUGUCAUGGGCAAGGACACUUUCCACUAGACCGUGUUGUUCAAAGCCCCAUCCAACCUGGCCUUGAAUGCUUCCAUGUUGUGGGCUGCCAUGUUGAAGAAGCUGUAACAUUUUGGGCACAGAAUGUCAGUAGAUGUAAUGACCUCUUGAAAAUAUGUUGUGCGCUGACUGAAGCUUGUCCUUGUAGUAAUGCAGUUUUUGGCAAACCUGAUAUUAGUAAGUGUCAGGUGUUGUACGUUGACUGUGGAAAAUCUUAAAUUCCGAAUAGACCAAACACAGUUAAAAUUCCACCAAACUUGCAAUGUUGCAGUGUUGAUAAGAAGUACAGACUCUGGGCACUGCACAGACCAGCUGAUCAGAACUUAAACACGUGUAACCAGGGGAAGAAGUUUUUGAGCAGCCUAGCUUUUGAAAAAGAAAUAAAAAUACAUCACAAAGCCAAGCAUAAAGAUGGUACCAUUGUUGCCCAGAAUACAAAAAAACCCAGAUAUUGGAGAAGAGACACCAGCUUGGGACAAAUAAGAUCAGAGCAGAGGCUGUCUGAAGAGAAACAAGUUCUCAGAAGGAAGAAUAUAAAUCUCUUGCAGAAGCAGAAGAAAUUAGAACUGAAGGUUCAAGAGCUGAAAUGUGAACUUCAGGUAUACGAGAAGGAAUCAUCUAAGAAAACUGAAAGCUUUGAACAACGCACUUACAUUGGAAUGAAAAAACAAGAAGUUUGGCUGUUGGGGCACAUAAAAAAGAAUAGUCAUUUUGGGAAGCAGCUCUCACAAGCCAUAAAAGUGGUUACAGAUGUUUCUCUCACUGUUCUGUGUUCCUUGGAAAAGCUGCAGAGGAUUUGGACAGAAUAUGACUUGGCUUAAAAGAGGAUUCAAUUAUGCAGAAAUGUGGAUGAAAGAGAUGAAUUGUUUAUCAAGCAAGAUGAGGUGCAGCAGAACUUGUAUUCAGCAGUGAAAGAAUUAAUUUUGGAAGUGGAUCAAGCCCUCUCUGGGCCCUCAAGAGUGUUACAGGAGCUGACAACUUCUCUGGAGAUGAUUUAUGGUCAAGAAUCUGAAGCAUAUGACCAGGAGGUAUUUCAACAGUUCUUUGAGUGCAAGUGUGUUAAAACAAAGAAACUAAAUUGUGUCAGAUAUAAUAUGGACACAACUAUGCAAAUUCUUGCUGACCGGUUCAGUGACAUCUUUAAGUGUUGUAACCUGAUGUUAGAAGCAUUUUCUGACUUAGGUGAAGUGGUUGGCAGUGCAGAUUAAAUUCUCAAAAAGGUUGAGUUGACUGUUUCUGAAGAACUGGAUAUAGAAUUAAAUGAGCAUGAUGAAGCAGAGAAGGGAAUAAUUAUAAAUACUUACAAUAAAGUUAUGUGUAAAGUUCAUCAUGAGCAAAGUAUGAUCACUGUCAUACGAAACAGAUACUUGGCCAGUGCUGAGGUAAAAAAGCAGGCAGAGGAAUGACUGAAUAGAAGACCCAAUAUUAACAACUUAUUAUCAGUUAAGAAAACUGUGAAAAGCUUAAAGGCCCAAACACAAUGGAAGCUGACUGAAAAGAACAACCUUGAGGAAGGAAACAACCCACCCGUGUUAUUACAGCUUUGCAUUCAAAACCAGGAGUUUGGCAUAUAAGAAGAUGGAACACCUGAGGUAGAUGUGGUUGCCAUGGAUGAUAAAGUUAAAUCUUUUCUCUUGAAUUUGUUCUACUCUAACAGACUGAUGCCUGAGCAGGUGCUGAGGAAUGAUUGCUUCCUUGUAGUAGAUGCAAUUCCAGUUUCACUGCAAGCAGGUAAAGAGUAUGAGCCACAUAAAAAACAUGAUUCUGAGAAAAGACAUGAGGAAAAAAAAAGUGAUCAACUGAGGAGAACGGAGCAAACUCUGCUUAAUGGAUGAGAAACUUUUCCAUCAGGUGUUUGAUUGAGACUUCUGGUUUUGUUUGGUUUUGAAAUCAUUGACCUGAUCUGAAAUCUCAAAAUAUAAAAGGUUA